AUGGGGGACGAUUUGUUCCGGCGCCGCCUCAGAAGGUUUUAUGAGGUACAUAAUCCCUCAUGCCUUUCUUCUGUAGAUGCCAUCUGGCAGACGUACCACGACCGCGAGGAAGACAUUUUUAGAGUUCUAGUUGACAAGUAUGGACCCGAGCCUGUUUUGCAGGAGAGUAUUGGUGGUACAUCGCAUGAGCAAAUCUGUGGACUGAACUCGCCUCUGGGCCGAAUGUCGCCACCCUUGAAUAAUUUCUACAUGCAAAAAGAAUCCCAAAAAACGACAGAGCAUACUGAAAAUACAAGAAAUCCUGUGGGGCCCGGAGCAGAAUUGUCUUCUGCCUUUAAAAACUUUGAUACCAAUGCGGCGAAGAGGCUACAUUAUCCUCAAUCAACCAUUUUAAAAAAUGAAAAAAAAUGCAAUUUGAGAGAAAAAUUAAUUGAUUUUUAUCGGACGCAUAACAGUUCCAUGAUCCCCUUUGUGGAUGAAGUUAUUGAGAAUUACAAUGGCAAUGAGAAAAGGAUGUUUGGGGAUCUUCACUGUCAAUACAGGAUGGCAAACGAGUUGAUUCUUCCCGUGACUCCUUCUUCUUUCGAUGACGCGAAUGCCGUAAUAAAACGUCUUAGUGAUGCGCUGGAGAAAAAAACUGCUGAAACACUUGCACUGAAAAAAGAUAAGGAAUAUAUUGCAGAGGAAUUGAACUUGUCCAAUAAAUUACGAAAAGAAGGCCAUGAAAACGAAAAACGGCUAGAGACACAAUUACUAACUGCCAGAGAACAGCUUCAAGCGCGUUAUGACAACCCUGAAUUGGAGAUUAAAACAGCUGAAUUGAUUGUCGUACAAAAAGAUAAGGAACGACUCGCAAAGGAGCUGGAUAUUUCAAAUAAACUUUUGGAAGGUGUUCAGGAGAAGGAGAAAACGUUGAGGUCGCAGUUGUUAUCUACUGCAGAAGAAUUGAGAGCCAAAGAGGAGUUCAUUUCAGAUGGUGCUCGUCAAAGAGAUGAGGCUCAGAUUACUAGGAAUUGUUUGCAGACUGAAUUAUUGACUGUUAGAAAGGAAUGUUCUGGUCUGCGUUCCACUGUAUUUAACUUGGGAAAUCGUAUCCGGGUUCUAGAAGUAGAAAAACAACAACUUCUUGGGGAGCUAAAGGAAGCAGAGAAGCGCGUCUUUGAUGCUGGAGAUCUGCUUUCUAAGGAACGUCAAAAAAAUUUCUCACUAAUUAAAGAGGUAAACAGGUUGAAGCUGACCAGUGGAGGAACCCUAAGUAAAGCUGAUUUCACAACUAUUGUUAAAGAGAUAGAGAAGCAGAUUUCGGAGCAUUAUGAAUCAGAAUUGACUCAAUGCCGGAAAGAAAUUAACGAUUAUUAUUGUUACGCGGAAAAUCAGUUGCGUCGUCGUGACGCUCUUAUUGCAGAGCUAAGUGUUGAUCGUUGA